AUGCACUCCAAGGUCCUCAUUGGCCUAGGCCUGUGCGUCGUCGCCUCUGUCAUGCAAGCCACUGAUGCUCGUGGACUCUCCUCUCGUCGUCAACUUGGCUCGUACAAGGACCACAAACAUCACUUGCACAAGCACGACCACCACAAGAAGCAUCACCAUGGUGACAAAGGUCACUCGUACUACCGUCGCCGUCUUGAAGAAACCAAGGCUGCUGAGUCUUCGGACUACAGCUACGAUGACUACAAGAAGGAUGACUACAAGAAGGAUGACUACAAGAAGGAUGACUACAAGAAAGACGACUAUGAGCACAAAAGCUAUGGUCAUGAUGAUUAUCGCCAUGAUGACUACAAGCAUGAUGACUACGACUACAAGAGUUACGGCUACAAAAGCUACGGCCACGAUGACUAUGACUACAAGGGCUAUGGCGUCGGCUAUAAGGGUUACGGUGAUGACUACUACGGUCAUGGCAACGACUACUACAGCUAUGGCAAGGGCUACAACAGCUACUACCCAGACUCGUAUGGUUACGGCAAUGACUACUACAGCUAUGGCAAAAGCUAUGGCAAGGGAUAUGACAACGACUACUACGGCUAUGGCAAGGGAUAUAACAACGACUACUACGGCUAUGGCAAAGGCUAUGGCAAGGGAUACGACAACGACUACUACAGCUAUGGCAAGGGCUAUGGAAAGGGAUACGGCGGCUAUUACCCGGACUACUACUCAUCCUACGACUACGGCUAUGGCUACUAUGGCUACCCCGGCUAUGAGUCCGCAUCAGGAGGUGCCGAUACUAAUGCUGGCAAGAAGGAGUCUGCUACGGAGUCUACUACGGAGUCUACAGAUAGUGCCAACACCAAGUCUGCGGAGAAGGAGAGCAAGACGUCAGAGUCGUCGUCGAAGUCGUCGUCGAAGUCGCCGUCGAAGUCGAAAGAAGCCAAGUCUGAUACCGCAGACAAGUCAAAGGACAAGUGA